AUGUUCAGCACGGAUUCUUAUAGUACUGUUCGAGGAGUCGAUAAACUAAUUCCUGUAGAUGUCUAUUUGCCGGCCGUUAUAGAUGCUAUAACAAAACUUCGUAAAAAACUAUCUCGCGAAAUUUAUGAAGAUCAAAUUAAGCCUCAACAGGGGAAUCAGUCUCAAGCAAGUCCAAGGCAAGUAGGAGAAUCUUUCUAA